AUGAAGCAGUUUCUGGAUUUCGGAUCCAUCAAUGCCUGUGAAAAGACGUCAUUUAAUUUUCUACGGCAAGAACUCCCCGUCAGGCUCUCCAACAUCAUGAAGGAAAUUAACCUUUUGCCUGACAAACUCCUCACAACCCCCUCUGUCAAAAUGGUGCAGGGCUGGUAUGUUCAGAGUUUGAUGGAUAUCCUUAACUUCCUCGACAAAAAUCCAGACGACCACAAAGUUUUGGGAAAAUUUGUUGACGCUUUAGUGACGAUAAGAAACCGCCACAAUGACGUGGUGCCGACCAUGGCUCAGGGCAUCCUCGAAUACAAAGAGUCUUUCUCCCAGGACCCAGUGACCAACCAGAAUAUCCAGUAUUUUCUCGACCGCUUCUACAUGAGCCGCAUCUCUAUACGAAUGCUCAUCAACCAGCACACUCUCAUAUUUGACGGCAACACAAAUCCUAUCCAUCCCAACACUAUUGGGAGCAUAGACCCCCACUGUCAAGUUUCAGAUGUUAUUGAAGAUGCCUUUCACAGCGCCAAGAUGCUGUGCGACCAGUACUAUCUGCGCUCUCCUGAGAUGGAUCUGCAAGAGAGAAACAGCAAGAACAAAUCGCAGUCUAUCAGCAUUGUGUACGUGCCUUCUCACCUGUAUCAUAUGCUGUUUGAGCUUUUCAAGAAUGCAAUGCGUGCGACGAUAGAAACGCAUGAAAACAGAGACGAGCUCCCGCCAAUCAAAGUCCUGGUGUCGCUGGGAGGAGAGGAUAUGUCCAUAAAGGUGAGCGACAUGGGAGGCGGAGUCCCGUUCCGCAGGACCGACAAUCUCUUCAGCUACAUGUACUCCACUGCCCCGGCACCACAGAUGGGAGACCACUCACGGCCGCCACUGGCCGGGUUUGGCUACGGCCUCCCCAUCUCCCGACUCUAUGCCAAGUACUUCCAGGGGGAUCUGCAGCUUUACUCCAUGGAGGGCUACGGCACCGAUGCUGUCGUCUACUUGAAGGCCCUGUCCACAGACUCGGUGGAGCGGCUUCCCGUCUAUAACAAGACGGCUCUGAAGAACUACAAAGUGAGUCAGGAGGCGGACGACUGGUGCAUGCCCAGCAGAGAGCCCAUCGACCUCAGCAACUUCAAGGUGGCCAAAUAA